CCCGGCCCCGGCCCCGGCCCCGGCCCCGGCCCCGGCCCCGGCCCCGGCCCCGGCCCCGGCCCCGGCCCGCGGGAUGGCGGCGGGCGAGGAGCAGAGCCGCGAGUACCUGCGGCGGCACCGGCUGCCCGAGCUGCUGCAGCGCCUCGGAGCGCUGCUGCUCUUCCACCGCCCCGAGCGGCCGCGCGAGUUCCUGAUCCAGGUGCUGGAGCGGGUGAGGGCUGGCAGGCGAGCCGAGGGCGAGUUCCCGUUCCUCAUGGACGAGGCCAACGUGGACGCCAUGUUCAGCCUGCUGGACGUCCUGGGCCAGGGCUUCAUCCGCCCGGCGCAGUACCGGGAAGCCCUUAAAACUUUGGGACUGAGCACUGAGGAUUUGGAGCUAGCAGAUGAUGUGAAGAUCACACGGCGUGUUUUCAAGAAAGGAAUGAGGAAGAAGAUGCUGGAGAGCUGGUCUGUGUAUUAGUUUGACCAGUCAUCUGCUAUAUAUAUUAAAAGCAGGCAUCUUCCCCAAUUUUUCUUCUGGUUUGCCAGCUGUGAGGAGUCGACUUUAAGCAAUUUCCUCUUUUUCUCAUUUUCCCUGCCCUUCAGUGGAGCAAUCCACUGAAGUGGAAAAGGACAAGUGACAAGAAUGUGUUAAUGUCCAGCAGGCACUGGAAGGAAUAUAGUUAAGAAUUGCUGUUCUCAAUAUAAUUAGAUGGUUAAAAAAAAAGAGUAGAGAUCUCUUUUGCAACUGAAAUAGUAUUUUGGAGUUUCUUCCUUCAGGUUAUAGUUUACAGUAAAGGAUUGUUACCUGUUGACUCAUUAGCACUGAAUAAAAUUAAGUUGGUUUUUGGG